CUGUCUGCCUGCACACCUGGGCAUGCUCUUGUGGGGACUCCAUCUUAGCCUAGGCAAAAGGAGUCUGUUUUUGGUCGGUAUGAAUCAGAAUGGACGCUGUCAGUAGCUUGCACCAGUAAUUGUCGUCCACAGUUUUCUACACCUCGCCGCACGACAUCCAACUGCAUCAUGGGACUUGUCAAUGCCAUCACCAAGGGCACCAGCCUGGCUCUGGCUGCAUCCUCUUUCUUCCCUCACGUGGUAGCAGGGGCACGCACUAACAUCUCGAGGCCAACAAGCGUCGUUCUUCCUCAGGGACGAAUCAAUGGCUUUCGCGACGAUACUCGCAACUCCGUCUAUCUAGGUGUCCCAUAUGCCGCGACAACUGGUGGAGACAAUAGGUGGCGGGCGCCCCAGGACGUCCCGGAAUCAAACUCAACGUUUGAGGCGACUUCCUAUGGGCCGACAUGCCCUCAGGCCAUCUCUGGCACGGCCUUUAGCCAGCAGGGAGAGGACUGUCUCAACCUGAAUAUAUGGUCUCCCUCAACUGGAGAGGACCUGCCCGUUUUCGUGUACAUGUAUGGCGGUGCUAUGGUGACAGGCUCCAACAGCAACCCUCAACUCCAAGGCGCCAACUUUGCCCGCAAUGGAGUUGUCUACGUCAACUUCAAUACUCGCGAGAGCAUAUUCGCGUCUCCGCACUCUUCAGAGUUGGAUGAUGCAAGUCCUGAAGAGUCCCAGAACUUCAGUAUCCUGGACGUUGAGAAGGCUCUCGAUUGGAUCCACGACAACAUCCGGGCCUUUGGGGGAAACCCUGACCACAUUGUGUUUGGUGGUCAUUCUUCAGGCUCCGUGCAUGUCGAUCACUACCUCUGGAACCACCCCGAUACGUGGCUCAAAGGUGCCGUGCAGAUGAGUGCUAAUGCUGUCUCUGGCCCUGCCUAUGCCCCAACCAACGAAGCCCUUGACGCUGUUGCCACCGAAGUGGGAUGCCCUGCCGGCGGCGAUGGUCAGAUCGACUGCCUGCGCAAGGUUGACCUCUAUGCUUUCCAAACCUCCAACUUCAACUCGACCUUCAACACCUGGUUCACUCCAGUCAUCGACAACAUCACCCGCCACUCAGACUAUGCCGCUCGCUUCGCCGCCGGCCAAUAUGCGUCCCACGUUCCCCUCCUGACUGGCACGUCAGAUGGCGAGGGCACUAUAUUCAGCCUCGUCUACGGCGGUGAAAACACCAACUUCAGCUCCUGGAUCAACACCUUCGAUGCCGACAGCGCUCAUAUCGAGGAUUCUGUCUUGAUUGAAGCAUACAACGCUUCCGAGUACGGAAGCGAGUCACUCCGGAGCGGCGCUCAGUACGGCGACGCCCGCUUCAACUGUGCGGUGGACUACCUCCAAGACCUCCGCAGUGCCAUCCAGGAUACUUGGGUGUACCGCUUCUUCGGCGCCUACGACAACGUUGUGGGGCCACCCAAUACAGCCCCUACCCACGGCACCGAGGUCCCUUUCUUCCACGGUGGAAAUGAGUGCUUCUCAGGACUCUCGGGAGUUACUGAGGCGCAGCAAGCACUGGCUGAUUCUAUCCACCAGUGGUUCGUCGAGUGGAUUAAGAAUCCCUCUGCCGGUCCUGGCUGGGAAAAGGUCACACCUGAGUCCGGCCCACUUGUCGAGCUUGGUGUCCCUGGUGACGAGACGUCUCUGAUCGCGGCAUCGACUGACGAGUUCAACGGUCGCUGCCAAGCCGUCUAUAAGCCGGCUUUUCCCCGAUAUCCCGUCGUUCAAUCAGUGGAAAGAUUGUUGAACUAAUUGUCACAAUGAGAGUGUCUUUGCUUUCGACCCGCGGAAAGCUUAUGUCCAGUCGCGAUCCCGAAACCAGAUAUAGUGUACAGAUGAAAGGACUUGUAUGACUAUCUGCCAGGUAUAUAGUGAAAGAGCCCAAUUUCGGGUAUUAAGUGCUUGAGUACUUAGGUGUGACUCUUUCUGCAGUCAUAAAAUCUAUACACAAGACUCGGCUCAACGGCAUCGAAUUCUCCCCCUCAGCGCUGGGAAGGUGGUUGCUGCUGCCCUUUCAACUGCUUUGUAUCCUAAGUGCAACAAUUUUAAGCGCGUCUUCCAAGGCAGAUACGGCGUCAUCC